CUUCUAGCAGAAAACCGAAUCUAUCAAGGCUAAUACUCACGAUCAUCUCUCUGCACAGGACCAGACGCGAUGGUCUUGAGCGGUGAAAAUGGCGGUGCAUCCUUCAUCUCCACCUCACGCUUGGGCUUUCGGCUAAAAUCGGUGCUUGGUUUCAGUAUUCUAGACCGACAACAUCUCCUUCAUGUUCAGUGGACAACUCAAUAUCUAAUUCUCUUUGCAACGUUGAACAACCGAAGUCGCGGUUAUGGGAUCUGAGGAUUGGGAUGACGUGUAUUUCAUGGUCUCGGAAAAGAGACGGGCAUCUCAAGGCGACAUUCCGGACGUAUUCCAUGUACCUCAAUGUGAUGGCAAUGAUGUUUUCGAGCUGAGCGCAGACGAGCUACAGCACUUACUUUCCACCAAUGCGAUGACAUCCGUGUCUUUUGUAAAACACUGCUUGGAAAGGAUCAGAAGAGUAAACCCUUACCUCGAGUGUGUCAUCGAAACAAACCCGGACGCCCUCGAAAUCGCUCAACAGCUGGAUGAUGAGCGAGCAAAGGGCAAAACUCGAGGUCCUCUUCAUGGAAUUCCAGUCUUGGUCAAAGACAACAUGGCGACCAAGGACAAGAUGCAAACGACCGGCGGCUCUUGGGCAUUACUUGGGGCAGUUGUGCCUAAGGAUGCUCACAUAGUACACCUUCUUCGCAAGGCAGGUGCUAUCAUACUAGGACACUCCAAUCUCGACGAAUGGGCUGGUAUGCGCUCCAAGAUCUACUCGAACGGCUACUCUGCACGAGGUGGGCAGACCAGAAACCCGUAUAUGCUUAGCAGAAGUCCUCAAGGGUCAAGCUCUGGCUCUGCUGUUUCUGUGUCAAGUAAUAUCGUCCCUCUUGCUUUUGGCACAGAGACCGACACUUCCGUCAUUUGGCCUGCUAUGGUCAGUGGUAUUGUAGGCAUCAAACCCACAGUCGGCUUGACCUCCCGAAGUGGUGUCAUUCCCAUCUCCGAAACACAAGACUCAAUUGGCACGUAUGGAAGAUGCGUAUCUGAUGCAGCACGAGCAUUGGACGCAAUCGCCGGAGCAGACCCAGAAGACAAAUUCUCUACUGUCCCGGAGAGACGCCAGCCUAAAAGUUAUAUCGAUCAUAUGGUAACGAGGAAGGCGUUGUAUGGUGCAAAAUUUGGUCUUCCAAUGAAGCGCUUCUGGGAGCUUGUGCCAAAACAGCAGAAACGUGUUGCCGAGAAGGUUCUAAAGUUGAUCAAGGAUGCUGGAGCAGAAAUUAUCCCAGUAGAUAUGCCUUGUGCAGAGGAACGUAUCGCACCUGAUGGUGGAUGGGAUUGGGAGCAUGGCAAAGAAGAAGUCUCCGAGUUCACAAUCAACAAGGUAGAAUGCUACUACCUGAUGAACGAAUAUCUUAGCAAGCUCAAGAACACCAAUAUAAAGACCGUUGAAGACGUCGUACGCUUCAACGAUGAGAACCCCGGAUCUCAAGGAGCCAAUCCGGGUGACCACCCAGCAUUUCCUUCCGGCCAGGACAAUUUCCGCGAAGUGGUGGAAGCAAAAGGCAUCAAGUCUCCAGCCUACUACUCGGCCCUCGCACACAUGCAGAAACAGUGCCGUGAGAAUGGUAUCGACGCCGCAUUGCACCCAACCGUAAACGGCAAGCGACAAUCUCUCGACGCACUCCUCUUCUGCGACGUCCGCGGUGCAGGCCAACAAAUCGCCGCUCAAGCUUCCUACCCAGUCAUGACCAUUCCCAUCGGCCUUGAUCCCGACGGCAUGCCCAUUGGUCUAAACAUCCAACACACAGCAUGGAAGGAAGCAACGCUCAUGCGCUGGGCAUCCGCGAUCGAGGACUUACUGCACGCAAAGGUCGGACCCAGAAACCCACCUCGCUACCAAGACCAUUUGGCAAAGAACAUCCCGGUGGAGAAUGAAUAUAGAUACCCUGGUGCGCCGCCGAGAUUUGGAGAUAGACCUCCGCCAUCAUGAUUGGGAUAUUUCAUGGAGUAUCGUGGUAUGCAAGCUGUUGGAGGUGGUUGAGGUCGUACUGCCGUCCCAAUACCAGCGCUGAGCAUGUAGGAUAGAACCACGGCUACAGAGAACCAAUCUACACUCAUACACAACUGACUGCAGGGGCGUUAGUCGCUCCAAUAGGAUUACUAGCAACAGGAAGAACACUAAUCCCAAUUCGCCCAUCG